CAGGUUACAUUCUGAUGAAAGAUCAUUAAGACACAUUAGAGCAUCCAGCAUCAGCCUCAUGCCGGAGCCAAUCGACCAUCCAUCCAUUCAGCCAUCUGACAUCCAUAUCUCCCCAGCAGAUGGUGAGGAGCUCGGCGGCUACAUCAGCGGCGCGGGUGGCGGCGGUGGAGGAGGAGGGAACAGCAGGGGCGCCUCUCCUCUCUUCCACCUCCCCGCGGAGUUCUUCCACCCAGCCUCGGCCGUGUCGCAGGGGAGCCCAGUGACCGGGGUCGUACCCGCAGACCGAGUGGGCUCCAGACUCACCUCGCCAGCCUCCUGGGCAUCCCUCAGGUCCCCUGGGGCCAACAGCAGGGUCGUCGGCUCACAGCACCCAUCCUGCAGUAACUCCUCCCUGGCCACGGGCAGCUCGGAGGGCAGCCUGCACACCACCCUGGAGGAAGGGCUCAGCUUCAGCAUCUCCCCACCGCUGCCACGGGAUCGGGAUCGGGAUCGGCCCCUGCUCUGCCCCAUCCCCCCGCCGACAACCCCUUCACCCCGCCGCCAGCGCCGCGGAGCCGCGGGAGGGCGUCCGUCUGCUUGUUUCUCCCUCCAGGCCACCAGGGGCCACCAGAGGAGCUUGAGCAGCUGCGGGGGAAGCAGCAGCAGCCCCAGCUGUCCGCGGCAGGACUCCAUGGACCCGUCGGACGAGGACACGGGCUUGGGCAUGGGCAUCGAGGGUACGAGCGGAUGCGGCUCCAGCCAGGCGGGCAACAGCGAACAUUUGUCGGAGACGCUGAGCAGCCUGUCGCUCACCUCGCUGCUCUGCGCCAGCUCUCUGGCGCCCCCUCUGGUCAAGAAGUGCAAUAGCACAGGGAACCUGGAGCAGGGCGGGGGUGGCCUGUCGGUCCGGAGCAAAGACGGCAGACAGUUGUACGGCAUGGAAGCCCAGGGCUACCUGUCCAACCCAUGGACGGAGGAGGAGAGGGGCAUGGGCGGAGUGGGGGGCGACCGGGUGCCGGCGGGGUGUUUGGGGGUGAAAAGCAGCAGCCAGACCAUGGACACUGGCUCGCGGAAGAACAGAUGAAACCUGUCCCCCCAUUCCCCCCCCUCGAUCCUUUUCUUUGGCCACCUUUUUUUUCGCUUGCGCUCCUACCCUCUUCCGGAACGUUCUGUGAACUUCACCUCCCUUCCGUGUGUUUUUCAGUACCGUCUCAGUGAAUGGCCACCAUGCUGCUGCUCACAGACAGGGAAGCUUUCAGGGGAUCACAGGAGUUAGAGCGGAGAGAGGCCGGAACUACAGGGAGUUAUUUUCCCCCCCUUUUCACUGCAGUAUUAUGGAGCUAUGUAUGCAACGGAAUUACCUAGCCUGGAGUGGGACAAGAUGGCUGCCGUGCUGGUCCUCUGUAUUUGCAAUGGAGGGGAAAUGGAGACAGAAGAGUCAUGGAUUUUCAGGACCAGCUUACAGUGUGAAGGUUUAAGCUGCAUGAAGGUGGAGAUGAACACAUGACUUUUUUCCAUGAAAAGAACGCUUGGCUCUGUGCUGCCCACCCCCAUAUACUUUGACACAAAAAAAAUGACAUUUGUUAAAGCGCAUACGGUCUUUCUGAUGAGAUUUGUACUGUAUGUUUUCUAUCACCCACGAUUAAGGUAGCAACGAAUGACCUUUUCAACGCGUCAUCUCUGAGAGGGUGACAGGCAAGUCCUAUUUGUUGUCGACUUCGUUUUAUAUGACCGGAGAUUUUAGACUUAUUGUGAACACAUGUGUGUGUGUUUGUGUGUGUAUGGGGGUGGGGGGUUGAGGGGAAAAUAUGUACACCUGUGCAGAAAAGCCUGUGAGUCUGAGAAGUUAGUGGGGUAGAAAAUAGCCCAGGAACAUGGAUAGAUAAAUUAGUGUUUAAGAUAAGAAGAACAAGGACUAAGGAGUCUAAAGGAUCUCAUUCUUGUGACUGUAGAAAACCCGUCUGCUUCUGAAAAACGAAAUCUGCUUAGGACAGGCAACCAGCAAUGAACUGCCACAAAAUGGAUCCACUCUUUCCCUCAUCCAUUGUGAUGUCUUCUGUUUCCUUUAUGUGUUUGUGAAACAAGUUCCACACAAUGUAUCUCGUUCAGGCACAGACACACACACACACACAUACAUUUCCUGGUUUGACAACACCGCCAGCCCAAAUGUGUUUCUCAGAGCCUCAUCACUGCACUCGUGGAGAACCCCGAUACAAGUAGAAGGAGAACAGGACCAGUUGUCUUGAUUGUGAAGAGCUCUCGCUCCUCACUGUGUCCCGAUGUUGUGAAGUACUCGUGACAGUAUAACAAUGAUGGACUUAGUAGCAUAGAAUUCAGUGUUUUACAGGAUGCGUGUCCAGUAUUCUUACAGUGCAAGUAUUCGUAUGUGACUCAGCUGAAAACCCCAAUAGGAAAGUCUACAUUUAAGACGUGCGACAAAAAGACAGAACUAAGUGCUACCUGCAUGUUGAAUUUUCACUCAAAAAAAAAAGAACUGAUUAAAAUGAGAGUAAAAAAAACUCAAUUUGGUGUUCAUCAAUGCUAGUUUUUUUAACUGUGGUCACAAGAAAGAAAGUGGAAGAUUCUUACAUGUUUUUGGUAGGUUAUAGUAGUGGGCAGCAUAGCUUUGGGACCUCCGAUACAAUGUGGCCUGCUCAAUGGAACAAGAUCGGCUUAAUAUCUGUAGGAGGGAGCGUCUGAAAAUAGCACCCGUAUUAAUAUCUGGGGAGCCGUGUCAGUAGUGGUUAGUCCACCUGGGAUAAGUACCCCGUUUACGCUGUUUGACAAGCUUCCCCUUUCUCUGGCAUGCAAAUAUAAAGAGCGUGUCAACUCUGGAGAGGGUUUAAUGUUUAAUCCAAUUCACAGGCCGCCAUCAAAAGAGAGCGAUGGUAGGUGGAUUUGAAGAGACGGUAAGCUUUGCUGGCUUGGCUCUGCCUGUGACAAUCCGUCACAAACGUUUCACACCACCAUCGCCCCUCCAGCAUCAACAUCAACAACAAAAAUGAGAUUCAUUAUUCUUCCGCAUGAGGGGGUGAAGUGUGAUCGCCUUAGCUUGCGUAAUUCCUUCUUGAGUAAUCGAUUCCUUUUGUCGCUGGUGUUUUUUUGUUGUUGUCGGCGGUUUUUGUUAUGGUUGUUCAAACUGGUGCAUUUCACAGUGGAGCUUGCAGUGUACGCGGUGAUGGACGGACGGACGGACGGACGGACCGAUGAAUGAGACAGGGGAAACUGACAGUGGAAAAUGGAACUGUCCGCUCAUUUAAAAAAUCAUCACUGAUGUAAGUUGAGGCGGGUAGGGUGGCGGCUUCAGCUUGCUCAUUUUGAUGUGGAGAGAGAGAGAGAGGGAAGGAGAGAUAGAGGGAGGGAGGGAGGGAGGGAGAGAGGGAGGAAGGUAGGGAAACACAUUCUAUUUUCAACGGCAGAUUAAGAUGCAAUGAGUCGGAGCACUUUCAUGGAGACGCCAAGUGCUCUCUUCCAAGGCAAGUCAAUCUGCCAAGUUCUGUCUGAUAAACCAAAUGUGUUUGUGUGUGUGCGUGGACUAAGUACAUGUUCAUCAGCGUUCUUGAUCAUUCCGGAAUGUUCUGUGUCUAAUGAUCAAUGUUUUGGUCUGAGUUAUUGUUAAAAUAUUUUAAAAGCACAAAAUAUUAUUCAGCAUGAAAACCCAGUUAAAACAUGUUCCAGUGAGCAUAAACAUUCACUUCCCCUCUCCAGCUCUCUUCUGCAUGAUAUUUGAGAUAUGUGCUCGUUAGGUGAACAGCGCCUGAUAAGUUCCCACGAUCUGGUCCAGCCUAUUCUUAUUUAGAACAGCCAUUUCCUCUCCACAUUACUCGGCAGAACCCACCUGAAAAAAAAUGUCUUCUUCCUCCUGCUCGCUUCUCCAUUUAUUUUCGGGCAGCAGCUGAAAAAAAGAAUGUAUAUUCAUAUCAUUUUUGAUAUUUCAUGCCUGCCCCAGUGUAACGUCUGUUUAUACAGGUGUCAAACAAACAACCUUUCCCCAGGGUAUCUUGAAUGUAAACCGCUCCUACAAUGUGAAGAGUAGGCAAUAUUUCCUACUUCCGAAAACGACCUUGUCUCCAAACAAACGUUCCCAGAGCCCACUUCUCUUCCUGGUUUGGAAACCCUGAUGUUCCAAAACAAACAGCCCGCCCAUUGUGGCUUGUUUCCCUGUUUGAAGUGCUGCCAUGGUGGCAGGAUUCGGUGACAGCUGGGAAUUAGCUGUAUAAACACACACCUGAGGCCUCUUCAGGCAGUGGAAGCUACAGGGAUGGAACUCCACGCUUGAGCUGGCAGCAUCUGCACUCAGGAGAGAGAAGGAGAGAGAGAAAGAGGGAGAGAGGGAUAGUGAGAGAAGGAGGGAGGGAGAGAGAGAGAGAGAGGGAGGCUGCUUCUUUCAGAGGUGCUACUGGGUCCUCCUGUUCCAAUUGAUUCUGAUUGGCUUUGAAGGGAGGGAAGCAUUGUACUCCAAACAAAAACACAACAUGUACUAGGGGGACCCGAAAUGCCCCUUGAAAGAGGAAAAAAACAAACAAACAGGAGAGGAGGGAUGUACAGAGGAUGGGCAGAGAGGAGGAACAGUGAGACCCCGGUGGCAUCUGGUGACCUGACAGAGAGCCAGGCUCGACAUCUGCCGGCCAGCUGGACUGCAAUUUGACAAUCUGGCUUAUUUAUUUAUUUGUUUAUUUUGAAGCAUAUGAGCAUGUGCGCUGGGGUGGGGAUGUGGGCAGGGCUGGACAUCUGUGUGCGGCUGGACAGCCUUUGUCUUUUGAAGCCCUCGUCGCUGGCCCUUGUCUUUUGAAGCCCUCGCCUCUGGACGUGGCACCUCAGGCCCUUGUCUUUUGAAGCCCUCGUCGCUGGCCCUUGUCUUUUGAAGCCCUCGUCUCUGGCCCUUGUCUUUUGAAGCCCUCGUCUCAGGAUGUGGCACCUCUGGCCUGUGUCUUGCAGCAGGAUGGAUGGGCACUUAGCUCCUUCUUGUUGCUGCCACUUGUCCUGUCGCCUGAAGCAUCGCAGACGUUCCGAUGUCAAGUCUGUGAGGACUUUGGCAGAGCGGGUGGCAGGAGGCGAUGUUACCCAGGUACAUGUCACACACACACACAGUGUCAAACACCAAACUGUUGCACUCGUCACGAUUGAUUUUUCAGCAACACGGCAUCUUGGUUGUCAGAAUUAACUCUCCUUGUGAUGCAAUUGACCCUGUUUGACACGGCAAGUGCCAGCCAGUGUCUCUCCGCAUUUCGGGUGAGGCGCAGUGAACGGCAAUGGCUCUCUGUGCCGCUGCUCGGCUCAGAUGGACGGAUCUGUCACACUGACUCAAGUCCGGCCUCAUUUAUCUGUUAUUCAUCCGUCUCAGGCCGAGGCCAGAGCCACAUCGGCAGUCAUAUAACCCACCAAUCCAAAAGAGAGUGGUGUGCGUAUGUGUGCGUGUCAGUGAAUGUGUUUCUAUGCGCGCUUAUGUGUGGGGAAUGUACUUUGACGACUGUACCAAUGGCGUCGGAAAAAUGAGAAAUGCAUCGUGGAGAAUAAUCAUGUUGCUACUUAGCCCCAAGCGUUGUAAAGGUUUGCAGAUACCACGACAGGAUUGAGUUGAAUGUAGCUUGGGCUUGCAGUGAUUUACCAAAGCAAAUGUUUUAAUAUCCCACUGGAAUUAGAAGAGCCUAGUGCCGAGCAGAAGCAACUAAAGCGAAGGAAGAUUUGUUUUUUUUGGCUGUAAAGACGAGAUAGAAACUGCCCAUUUAAUUUGAAAUUCUAAUUUAAAAUUGUAAUUGCGUUGGAGCUGAAUACAGAAAGCCAGUUAAUUAGCCAGAGUCAGCAUGCGUGCAUUGGCUUCGGCUGGGCCCCCAGCUAUUCUUUGUAAAGUCUUGGAACGUUACGUAGGAGUUUUGUUGGCAGACGGAUUUUUUUGUUUAUACUGCCAUAUUCAGCUCACGCCAUUACAAAGAGAGAAUCACAAAUGAGGGCCUCUCAAAUCCAAUGGCAAAAAAAUUAAAUAAAAAAAGUCAAGCUGUAAGAAUUCAUCUCAAAGGCAUCCCAGCCACCUCAGAAGCUUGGGGGGGGGGUCAUAUUUUGCAUUUCAUGAGUGCACAUGAGCAGAACUCAAACAGGAAGCGUGUUAGCCAGAGUCUAAUGCAAAUGGCCAGCGCUCCUCUUGUGGCCCCCGGUUAUUGAUUGAAGACUCCUUUUAGGGCACCUUCCGCAUUGGUCAAAUAUCAGGGCAGCGUCUUGGUAAACAAGGUUGCCGUCUCGGUGUUCUCUGGUGUAUUGGCCGAGGCCAUACGCGGACGCGGACGCGGUUGACUGACGACAACGGGGAAGGUCGAUCGCCGCCUGCGGCACCUGCAACACGUCUGCCUAGCGUCGGUAAAUGUCACUGCACAUUUUGUCCUCUUUGAGAUCCACGCCUGCUGUUUCUGGUUCACGCGUCUCGAGUGCAAUGCAUUUGCCAUGCAACGCGUCUGGGUGUAGCUGAGGUUUUGUUUACCUCCAUAGAGGCCAUCACCCUAAAUGCCCUCAUCGCAGCGAGCGCCAUAUGCCGACGCGCCAUAUCCGCGUCCACGAGAGCAGUCGGACUCUUUUAGCGACGGGUAAUUCAGAUGGAUCGUCAGCCGUUCUGCGAACCCCCUGAGCCAUUUAGGAUCAUCAUAAUCUAAAAGAGUGAGUUUAAAAAAAAAAAAUCUGAUGAUCCCUCGGAGCGUCACCGGGAAUGAGGGCUGCAGGAGGGAGCACAAAUGGCUGAAUCCAUCUUCAUUUCUCCCCAAACAGGCAGUGAUGUCUGCAGCCUGUUUGUGCUGCGCCAUAUUGAAUACAGCGCCUCGGCCACAUAAAUAGCUCUUGUUUAUUUUAGCUCAGUCUACAUUUGUAUCAGAUAAUGCAUGAACUCCAAGGUUUUCAGACUGUUUAUAUGUAGCUCCAGCUCUUAGCUGACACGAAGUCUGUUAUUUCUACAAAGCCUAACCUUUUAAAAAACAUUUCAUUGCAUUAAUGGUAAGCAAAUGAGGAGGAAAAGUCGUAUGCAUAGCAUGUGUUACAUAUGGAGGUCAUUUUUUUAUUAGGCAAUUUUCAUUACAGAGACCAUCUUGACUACAAGGCUAAAAGAACAGUGAAUUGAAGGUAAAAUGGUGGGUUAUUGAUUGGUUCAAGGACAUAUGAAGUGCGCACUAGAAGUUUGGUUGUGAAAUAUAUAAAAAAACACCUUCUGUCUUAAGAGAUGUAGAGGGCAUCUCUGUAGGAUGUGUUUGCUUUCAUCAUUAUUUGCAGUCAGUGUUCAUGUUAUAUAUAAAUCUAGCAGAUGUCUCUCGACAAGUAAACAGUACUGUCUCUUGGAUUGGGCCGAUGCCAUUGGCAUCUAAAUGUGAUCUGCAAGUUGUCCCACAUCGACAGUUCUGUUUUAUGAAACUGGAUCCAGAUCACAGUGGUUGUAGACUUAAUCUUAUUUUUUUUUUAUCCUAUUGACUAAUGAAGCUUAUUCUUUUAGUUUUACAUGACUUCAUAAGGGAUUCAACUGGACGUCAUGGAAACACAUUCAAAGUAAAAAAUGGCAUGGGCUGAAAUGUUUCCAUUGGAUUUAGAAAAAACUGUUGACAUCAAACAGAAAUGGAUUCUGGGAAAUAAUAAGUGGCACAGUGAUGAACCCGUGAGUCAUCACAAAUAUGUUUUCAGCUGUAGACAUUUCAAGGUGGCGGUUAUACGUGAGAUUAGCACAGCACUCCACUCCACUCCGAAAAACAAAACAAAACAUGUCCUUCAGACAACCCUCAAGCUUUUUCUUACGAGGUACAGGUCACCACUGUGUGAGAUGAUCCCAAUCCUGUAACCUUUCGAGUGGCAGUGGUGUGUAUCUUCAACUCGAUAGAGUCCAGCUCACAGAGCAGGAGGAAAAAAGACAUGUUGGAAUACCCUCGUCUUUUGUCGUCGUC